AUGCCAAAGGAAGACACAUUAAGCCAUGUUUUCUAUCGGUCACUCACAGCCUUAAAGGUUUGGUCUUACUUCUAUUCUCAUGCUGGAUUAUCUCUUGAGAGCUUAAACCUGCAUCAGGCUGGAAAACAAAGGAGUAACAACAACAAGCAUGGUGAGGCAGUGUCAACCAAUCGAGUGGUAUACCAAGUCUCAAAUACUAUUCAAUCUCUUAUUAAACUAAGGAAGCCAGGCAUUGACCAAGUACCAUUCAGAUGGCCUGAUAUACUUAGAAUGAUGGAGAACUACACUCCCAAACUAAAGUUCAACAAGGUUUUAUGGGAACUCCCUAUGACAGAUUGGACAAAAAUUAACACUGAUGGGGCCUCGAGAGGUAGUCCAGGUAGGAGUUCAAUUGGCUUUUGCUUUAGGAAUGAGGAAGGAGAUCCGGUCUAUGCGUGUGGAAAAGAAAUUCAAGAGGUGACAAACACUCAAGCAGAAACAAGGGCAAUUUUGGAGGCCCUGAAACAUUGUUUGACUAAUGAGAUGAAUAACAUAUGGGUAGAAACUGAUUCUAUGCUGCUCAAGAAGGUUAUCACAAGGGAGUGGAAACCACCCUGGGUUAUUGAGGAGGAAGUGAAAGAGAUAAGGAAUCGAUACUGUGCUCAAGCCAUGUCACUUAAUAGGACUUCUAUGGGUGGUAUUAGUACUUUGUGCUCAAUCCCUUGA